GUUUGAUGGCGGGACGUCGCACUUUCGUUUGUGGAAUUGGAAUGACCAAGUUUGAAAAACCAGGAAAAAGAGAUGAUUUUGAUUAUCCUGAAAUGGUAAAGGAAUGUGUGGGUCAAGCUCUAAAAGAUUGUGGACUUUCAUACACAGCUGUGCAACAGGCAGCAGUGGGGUACUGUUAUGGAGAAUCGACUUGCGGACAGCGAGCCUUGUACGAAUUCGGAUUGACUGGCAUUCCUGUAUAUAACGUAAAUAAUAACUGUGCCACUGGGUCCACUGCUUUGUUGAUGGCAAAGCAGUUCAUUGAGGGAGGUCAUUCAGACUGCGUACUGGCUGUUGGAUUCGAAAAAAUGGAACAAGGUUCGCUGGGACUCAAAUGGUCAGAUCGAACGAUGCCGAUCGAUAAACAUGUUGAUGUGAUUGAUGCUACAUAUGGAAUUGAAGCUUCUCCAAUGACGCUACAAAUAUUUGGUAAUGCUGGAAGAGAACAUAUGGAAAAGUAUGGCACCAAACGUGAGCACUUUGCCAAAAUUGCACAAAAAAAUCACCAUCAUUCUGUUAACAAUCCAUUGUCACAAUUUCGUGAUGAUUAUACACUGGAUCAAAUCUUAAACUCCAGGGAAGUUCAUUCACCUCUAACAAAGUUGCAGUGUUGUCCGACAUCAGAUGGAGGAGCGGCGGCCAUCUUAUGUAGCGAACAAUUUGUCAUUGCGAAUGGCUUACAAAACAAAGCUGUAGAAAUAGUUGCCAUGGAAAUGGCCACAGACAUGCCUGGUGUGUUCAGUGAAAAGAGUUUGAUCAAAAUUGCUGGACAAGAUAUGACAAAGAAGGCUGCUGAAAAAGCUUUUAAGAAAGCUGGUCUUACACCUAACGAUGUUCAAGUUGUGGAGUUACACGACUGUUUUUCUACAAACGAACUCAUCAGCUAUGAAGGGUUAGGCCUAUGCGAAAAAGGAAAGGCUGGAGAGAUGGUUGAUCGAGGUGAUAACACCUAUGGUGGAAAAUAUGUUAUAAAUCCCAGUGGUGGACUCAUAUCUAAAGGUCAUCCAUUAGGAGCUACAGGAUUAGCUCAAUGUUAUGAGCUUUGUCGUCAGUUACGUGGUGAAUGUGGCCCUAGACAAGUGCCGAACGCUCAAGUUGGUCUGCAGCAUAAUCUUGGACUUGGUGGCGCAUGCGUAGUAGGCUUGUAUAGGAAAAUGAUUCCGCUGACCGUUACCAAAAUUAGCGAUACGUCAUCUACAGUUUUGACGACGUCAUUGGAAUCAACAUUCAAAUCGGAUAUAUUAUUCACACAGCUAGAAGAGCAGUUACAGAAGGAUAAAGAAAACCUGAUGAAGAAAGUGAAUGCUGUGUUUAGUUUUGAACUUACCCGCGACGGAAAAAAUGGGGUGUGGUUUGUGGAUGCGAAGAGAGAGGGAAAGUUAUUCAGAGGGGCGCAAGAAAACUUGAAAGCAGAUUGUACGAUCAAGAUGAAAGACGUUGAUUGCUUCGACAUGAUGAGUGGAAAGCUCAACCCACAAACGGCGUUUUUGCAAGGCAAAAUCAAAAUCUCUGGAAACAUGGGCCUAGCUAUGAAAAUCCAACAACUGCAGAAAACUCUCUUAAAAUCAAAAUUGUAAACUAACAACGACACUAGUUUUGAAUCUGAUUUUUAUCAUCAUCAAAGGUGGCGAGUAAACUCUCCGUCGCGAAUAUGUAAUUUAUAAUGUCGAAAUAUAAAUACUGUUAUUUUUUA